UGGCAGAGAGGAAGAGGAGGGUAAGAGGAAGAGAGGAUAAGAUCGGUGAGGCCGUGACAGUGAAGGGCAGGCGCUAAGUUCCCCAGCUCCUAGAGAGCCGCGCGUGACACAGCCCAAACGGUAUCGGCAUGACGAUCUGACAACCGCGCGCGAACAUGUCCCGGGACACGCUCUGAUUCACUCGAUUUCGCGCGAGACGACCCCCCCCCCCGGCGAGCCUGCGACCGGGGGACGGUUUUAUCUGGCAGCAUGCCGAACAGCGAAGCUCAGAGUCCUGGCGUUAACCCUCUGAGGUGCGUCUGGUGAGGAUCCGCUCCUAAACCUUCAGCUGGAAGUGCUAAGGGAUUUGGCGGGGGCUUCUGGGAUGGAUCCGGGGAAUGGCACGGAGGACCAGUUUUUCGGCAACGCCACGGAGGAGACCCCCGGGGAUCCCAUCCCGUCGUGGGACAAAAACACCCUGCUGGGCCUCCAGAUCUCCCUCUCGGCGUUCCUGGCGGUGGUCACCCUGGCGACGGUGCUCUCCAACGCCUUCGUCAUCACCACCAUCUUCCUGACGCGGAAGCUCCACACGCCCGCCAACUUCCUGAUCGGCUCGCUGGCGGUCACCGACCUGCUGGUCUCCAUCCUGGUCAUGCCCAUCAGCAUCGUCUACACGGUCAGCAAGACGUGGUCCCUGGGCCAGAUCUUCUGCGACGUCUGGCUCUCCUCCGACAUCACCUUCUGCACCGCCUCCAUCCUGCACCUGUGCGUCAUCGCGCUGGACCGCUACUGGGCCAUCACCGACGCCCUGGAGUACUCCAAGCGCCGGACCACCCGCCGGGCCGCCGCCAUGAUCGCCGUGGUGUGGGUGAUCUCCAUCUCCAUCUCCAUGCCGCCGCUCUUCUGGCGCCAGGCCAAGGCCCACGAGGAGCUGACGGAGUGCGUGGUCAACACCGACCAGAUCUCCUACACCCUCUACUCCACCUUCGGGGCCUUCUACGUCCCCACCGUGCUGCUGGUCAUCCUGUACGGGCGCAUCUACGUGGCGGCCCGCUCCCGGAUCUUCAAGACGCCGUCCGCGCGCGGGAAGCGCUUCACCACCGCCCAGCUGAUCCAGACGUCGGCCGGGUCGUCGCUCUGCUCCCUCAACUCCUCGGUGGCCCAGGAGGCGGGGCUUCAGGCGGGCGGCGGCUCGCCCCUCUUCGCCAACAGCGUGAAGGUGAAGCUGGCGGACAGCGUGCUGGAGAGGAAGCGGAUCUGCGCGGCGCGGGAGCGGAAGGCCACCAAGACGCUGGGCGUCAUCCUGGGCGCGUUCAUCGUCUGCUGGCUGCCCUUCUUCGUGGGCACGCUGGUCAUGGCCAUCUGCAAGGAGUGCUGGUUCGACCCCGUGCUCUUCGACGUCUUCACCUGGCUGGGCUACCUGAACUCCCUCAUCAACCCGGUCAUCUACACCGCCUUCAACGACGAGUUCAAGCAGGCCUUCCAGAAGCUCGUCAAGUUCAAGCGAUGCUACUGAGGAUUCCCCAGAGAGAAGACUCCAUCGCGGAGAGAGUGUUCGCAGAGCGUCGCUUUGUUCUUCUUCGGUUUUUUUGCAACACUUUUUCUUGCUUUGGCCCUUCGGAGAGUUUACUUCGGCUUUGAGGAGAAUUUGCUUCGGCUUCUGAGAAUUAAAGAGAUCAUUUUUAGUCUAUUUCUCUCAUUUGGCACGUUUCCCGUUUAAGGUAUGCCUGGAACGUUUCAGUGCUUAAGAGCAGGGUGCUUACCUGUGAAUUCCUAAAAGCACUGCACAGUGACAUUUGACUGUGUGCUCCAGUAAGAAAGUGCGCAUUGUGAUUAGACAUUUUACAUUUCUGUACAUUAGUUCCUCGUUGUAAAAAAAAAAAAGACUCUCAUAGCCUUUGUAAAUGUUUUUCCUGAAGAAACUAAUGCAUGAUUAAAUAAAAAAUAAAUAAAAACUAAA